UGUUGUGAACGAGAGUAUAGUUAGUAUUAUUUCCAUUUGUGCUCAAACAUGAAGAAAAAAGACAUCAAAAUAGUUAUCGUAGGAGCCGGUAUAGCAGGGAUAUCUGCAGCUCAUCAUUUAUACACUAACGGCUUUACAAAUAUUCAAAUCCUAGAAGCUGACUGCAGAACGGGUGGUCGCAUUCAAACUGUUCCGUUCAAUGGAAAAGAGGACUGUCAAAUAGAAUUAGGAGCUCAAUUUAUUCAUGGUGCCAGUAAGAAGAAUUCCGUGUAUAAAGUGGCUAAAAGACAUAAUCUUUUAGGAGGAGAAGUAGAUUGGUAUCAAGGAAUUUAUGCAACUGAAGAUGGUCACCGAAUACCCCAACACAUUGUUAUGAAGACUAUGGAUCUGGCGUUUGAUGUAGAAGACCAACUCGAAGAAGAAUUUAAAAGAAAAUACAAUCUUAAAGGCGAAGAUAGGAAUUUGUAUGGAUACCUUAAUAGCAGAUUUGUAGAAUUGGCUUUAGGGUUCCCUGCCGAUAAGCAACGGGAUGCAAAAGCAGUCUUUAAUUAUUUUCUCAGUCUUAUGCGGUUUGACAAUGCCGAUAAUUUGAAAAAUUUGAGUAGCAUUAAUUUUGGACAGUAUGUAUCGGUUGGCGACGGUGAAGAUGUGUCCAUUAAGUUAGGGUUUCGUUCAGUUUUGGACACAUUGUUGAAGGAUCUACCGAAAGAGGUAAUUCAUCUGAAUACCCCAGUAUCAGCUAUUGAUUGGACGGGACAGGAAGCAGUGCUCUCCUCUAUUGCUGGUCAGAAAUGGGCUGCACAUCAUGUGAUAGUCACGUGUUCUUUAGGCUAUUUAAAGAAACAUCACAAAACACUUUUUACUCCAGAAUUACCUUUACUAAAAUCUCAAGCCAUAGAUAAAAUAGGUUUUGGUACAGUUAAUAAAAUAUUCUUAUAUUAUAAAGAACCAUUUUGGAUAAAAAAUGAAGGCUCUAUAAGAUUUGCUUGGACUGAUGAUAAUUAUAAUAUAAAAGAUUAUAAAACAGAAUGGUUUAAAGCGAUACAUGGUUUCGAUGAAUUACACAAUAACGAUAAUGUUUUAAUGGGAAGUAUUGUUGGUGAUGAAGGAAGGUUUCUAGAAGAUUUAUGUAAAGAUGAAAUAAAGAAGGUUUGUACAGAACAAAUUAGAAGGUUUUUAAAUAAUCCCUCUAUACCUGAACCUACUGAUGUUCUCACCACAAAAUGGUUUGAAAAUAAAUGGACGUUAGGUUCGUAUUGUUAUAUGACAGAAGAAUCGAAUGAAUCAGUUAGAAAAGACUUGAAUUCACCGUUAUACCAUCUCGAACAACCAGUUGUUCUGUUUGCCGGUGAAGCUUGUCACUUAACGAGAUUUUCAACUGCUGAUGGGGCACGAUCAAGUGGACUAGAUCAAGCGAAGUUUCUGGUUGAUCUAUAUCGAAAUAAAUAGAUUACAAUUUAUUUAUUGUUUCUCAAAUAUCAAUGAAAGAAUACAAUUGUACAAAAUCAAACUGUCUGUCCAAUGCAGAUCACGAUGACUUGUCCAUUUUUUUCUUGGUUAUUACACCCACCAUCCGUGAUCUGAACUAAUCUUUCUUUAUAUCUUGUUAAAUCAAAUUUUAACGUCAUGGUGGUAUAAUUUAGUAUAUUAAGCAGAUCAAUAAAAAAAAUGAAAUUUUUAAGGCAGUGCAAGUUCUUGUUUGACUAAAGAUAUAUGUAAUGGCAGACAAAGCUUCCAUUAAAAGCAACAAUUGAUUAGUUGAAUAUUUUACUAACAGAGAACACAUAGUGCAUAACAAUUUCCUUAGAGCGUGGAUUGAUUCUCUUUGUUUUUUUUAUUCCAUUCAAGAUCUGAAUAUACGUCCUCGUCUACACACAAGAAGAAGAGUCGCUUUGCUACAAACUAGAAAUAUUUAGUCACCUUCAGAAUUCUUUCAUCUGUGGUUUUUACAAGCAAAAAACAUUGAGAAAAGGGCACGGUUUGCAAUCAUCCAUUUCAACCAUUAACCAUCUCGUUUUCUAAUUUUGUUCAUUUCAAAAGAAAAUGCUUCAAGGAUACAUUCAUAUUAAACAAUUGAACGAUAGGCAUAUAAUAAAAUGGCAAAAAAAUGAAAUGCGAGUUUGUGGAUGGUUCCAUAAACUUACGAAGCAUUUUCCAAUAACAUAAACUCACACACGUAUCAUUAUGGCUUCUG